AUGUUUUCUACAGCGGAUGCCCUCGAUAUGGGGACCGACACUCAGCUGUCAGGUAUCCGCACAGACCUAAUUAACGCCAUGAAUGCAAAGCCUCGGUAUAUCUUGAAGACGAAUGCAAAUAUGGUUUCUUUCAAAGACAUCCUCAGCGCCAGUGAGCAGGACGGAAGCUACAUGUAUGCAGGUAUUACGAAACCCGCAGACCGACUACUUGUCAGCCGUCUCCAACUUCAUGACCAAGCUCUUUUGAUUCACUCGGCCCCUGCACGCAUGGCCGGGGCACAUGCCAUCGUGGAAGUUGCCGGACGGCCGCAAACAUAUUUCGAUCUCAGUCUUCGACGGCAGGCCCAUCGGGUUCCGCUCCGUUAUAUUCGAGCCUUACGACGAGUAAUUCCACUCAAGCUCCUCGUUCAGGUUGGUCGAGAACUUGAGAUAGAGCUAUUCAGCGAAAAAAGACGACUGACGAUCGAUCAAAUUACGGAGGCUCAGUUUAUAACAUUGCUCAAGUUGGAGGAGAGCAGGGAAGAGGCAGAUGGCGAGGCCACUAGACCGAGCGAUAGCUCCUCACAUAGCGAUCUCAAUUGUUAG